AUGAAACCAAAAUGGGUAUCUCUUUCAAAUUCUUCCGAUUUAUUCUUGUACUCAGCGCUACAAACGGACUCGCAGGUGAAUUUAAUUGUUUUGAUUCGAAAAAAUGAUAUAAUUCGACAAUAUUUGUAUUGUGGAUUUGAUAGUGGUGACGUACAAAAAGGAAACUUAAUUGUUUAUAGUGAAUCUCGUUCGGUAGAAUAUGAGGCAGCUAACAUUCAAUGCACACUACCAUUAGACAGUAAAUAUCAAAUUAGAAAAGUGUUUUUGUUCCAUCCACCUACACAAUCCUAUACUAAAUACAUUAAAAUUGAAACAUCAGAAUUAGUGAAUAAUGACUCAGUUGUACUCUGCGUACAACCUCUCUCAGGAACGUAUUAUACAUCAGUGGACGUUCUUCAGUUUAUUGCCUAUUACAGUAUUCACGGCGCAUCGAAAUUUUACUUUUAUAAUCAAUCAAUUACAGACGAAAUAUCACGGCUACUGUUGAAAAUGAAUAAAGUAGUGGAAAUAUUGCCCUGGAAUAUUCUUGAACUCUUACCAAAUCAUCAAUACGGUGUCACAUUUUGGCAUUACGCUCAAAAAGCUCAAAUACACGACUGUCUAUUGAGAAAUCAAGCAAGUGUGAUUAUUAACGUUGAUAUCGAUGAGUAUAUAGUUCCAUUGAAAGCUGAAGAUUUAAAAACAUAUCUUAUAAAGCAGAAAAAGGAAGAUCAAACGAAUCUGAUUAUCGGCUCGGUUCUUUUUCCAAAACGACUAAAUAUUGAUAUCGGACAAAAUCAACUAAAAUUAUUUCAUCAUUUUUACCGUACUCAGCUUCCAUGGUGGCACAGAUCAAAAGUAAUUGCUUUACAACCGAAAUUCAUUAAACACCAAGAUAUUCACAUUGUAAUGCAACACGAACCAGCUCGAAUGUCAACUCUGGUUUCAGCUGACACAUUACUGAUUUAUCACUAUCGAGAAUGGGGAGUGUUAAAUGACAACAUGAUCAACGACACACUAAUGCUUAAAUUUAAAGAAAAAAUAGUAAAGUUUUCUCACGAAUAUAAUCGAAAUAUUCGGCAAGAUUUUCCGAGAUUCAUUGGUUUCUUUUUGCGUCUUUAA